AUGGACAGUUACGAAUUACUUGAACUCAAGACAAAAGAUGAGACCGAGCUUGCGCUAGCAUCCCAGAACAGUGACGAAACACUCUACUGUGAGGCUGAAAGCCUCCUGACUGUUGAAAAAGAGAAGCCCACCAGGGAGAGUUCGGAAACAGACUUGGAGAUUGAAGAUACCGAGAAAUACUUUACCACUGGACAAAGGGAGCUAUACCUGGAGGCCUGCAAGCUGGUGGGUGUGGUGCCUGUCUCCUACUUCAUCCGGAACAUGGAGGAGCCCUAUAUGAACCUCAAUCACCAUGGCCUGGGCCCCAAGGGUACUAAGGCUAUUGCUAUCGCCCUAGUGUCCAACACAACCAUUGUCAGCCUGGAGCUAGAGGACAACUGCAUGAUGGAGGAAGGAGCCUUGAGCCUGGUGCAGAUGCUGCAUGAGAACUACUACAUCCAAGAGCUGAAUAUUUCUGAAAAUGAUCUUGGCUUGGAGGGGGCCGGAAUCAUCACAGGGUUUCUCCAGAGAGAUAUCUCUUCACUCUGGAGUCUUAAGCUUUCAGGAAAUAAAUUCAAGGAAGAAGUUGCGGCACUGUUCUGUCAAGCCUUGUCGACCAAUUAUCGAAUUAAGAAACUGGAUCUCAGUCACAACCAACUAUCGGAUAAGGGAGGAGAGUACUUGGGACAGAUGCUGGGCCUCAAUGUAGGGCUCCAGGCGCUGGAUCUGAGCUGGAAUCAAAUCCAUACACGGGGAGCUGUGGCCUUGUGCAGUGGUCUCCGGUCUAAUGUGACCCUGAAGACAUUGGAUCUCUCCAUGAAUGGAUUUGGCAAUGAAGGGGCUCAGGCCCUAGCUGAGGUCAUCAGAGUCAACAGUUCCCUGGUCUACUUAGAUCUCAGCAGCAAUGACAUCACCAAUGACGGAGCCGCCAAGAUCAGCAAAGGACUUGAGUCCAAUGAAAGCCUCAAAGUCCUGAAGCUUUUCCUGAACCCUCUGACUAUGGAGGGGGCUGUUUUACUUAUCACGUCCAUCAAGCGGAACCCCAAAUCCAAGAUGGAAGAGUUAGACAUUGCCAAUGUGCUGGUGUCUGAGCAGUUUGUAAAAAUCCUGGACGGGGUGUAUACACUUCACCCGCAACUGGACGUGGUGUACAAGUUAGUGCAAGGCUUCUCCACCAAGAAAACCAUUGUCCUGUGGCCAAACCCCAUGAAACUGAUCCAGAUCUAUGUGGACCAGCAAAAGAUCACCCUCUUGGACUUCUUUAAGAACUUGAACCCUGCUGGAACAAUGACGAUGUCAGUAGGGGAGUUCCGGAAAGCAAUGAUACAGCAAAGCAAGGUGCCUGUGAACCGGUACCAGAUCAGGGAGCUGAUAAAGAAGCUGGAUGAGAAGAAGACAGGCACAGUGAACUUCAGUGGGUUCAAAGCCCUCUUAGAGACAUUUCCUAAAUGGCUUUAG